CAAAUGGUGGAACGCUGCUCACGGAACUCAAAAACAAAAUGCAAACCUUGCGGUGAUAGAGAGUUCAACCCAAUGUAUACAAAUGAUAAGUGCCGUGACUGCACAGUGUGUGAAACAGGAAGUAUCACAGAGAAGGUCUGUACCAAAACCUCGGAUGCUAUAUGCAGUUGUCCAAAAGGAAGCAUCUCACUGAAUAGCAAAAACACAGCCUGUGUGUGCAAAAUAGGACAUCAAAUCGUAGAAAAAGAAUGUGUUCCUUGCCCACCUGGGUACUUCUCAAAUAAAGAAAAUGGCGUAUGCCGUCCCUGGACUAAUUGCAGCAAUAUAGGAGAAGAACUAAUGGAAAAGGGAUCAUCUACAACAGAUACUAAGUGCAUGAAACUGAAUUCUUUGCCUUCCCAACUCCCACCUAACGCCAUUAAAACAAAAUCACCUGACAAGCGAGCGGUUACAGUUAGUCCCCCACUCUCAUCAACAAUGGACGUUAUUACGACCCACAAAACCACUGUUCCUGGCAAUUCUGUUAACUGGGGAAGCUUGCCUUUGAUUGUAAUUGGUGUAAUCCUGCUGACUGCCUCUGCUGGAAUCAUUCUGAUGAUGGUUAUACAGAUGAAUAAGAAAAAGAAGAACACAAGGUUUGAACGUAAUAGAUGCAGAAUACCAGUACAAGAAGUAAGUUCGAGCUCUGAUCCAAGCCUUGACAAGCAAUAUUCAGCAUUAGACAUUGCCUAGAAAUCCAAGAUGUUUCACGGACAUCAUCUAUAUACCUGCUGGCAUCCAGCAACAAACAUUUGUAUAAAACAAAAACCUCAAAGAACUGGUGUGAUACAUUUGCACUGACACAACAUGAAACACAUUUCCAUAUGUAAGUAAUUAUGUCUUACAAAAGGAUUCCAUUGCAUGCCCUUUACUGAACCAACAAAUAGAAGCAGCAUAAGUUAAAGUAAGAAAAUGCUAACUGUAUUCCACAUGUGCAAAGAUUCAUCAUUCAACUAUAGAGUUAUCUAUGAAAUAAAUAUAUGCAAAAAGGGAGCUCUACGCAUUGAUAACUGAAGUAGAAGAAGGUGGUUUAUUCCUCAUCCAGUAUACAUCAUUGAAGUUUGAUGGUAGUGGCCAACAGAUCUGACGCGUUUUGCACAUGCUCACAUGUGCUACAUCAGAGAUCUGCGACAUACACUGGAAAAGUCACGUGGCUCACUUGCUCAAUAUCAGGGAGCAGUGCAAUGAAGAGCGCCACAGUCCACCUGUAAAUAUAAGAUUAAAUUAAAUACAAUGUUUUGUAAACAAGGAAUUCCAUUAUAGUGGUGAGCAAAUUUAAAAUGAUAUUGAAAAUAAUUAAACAGGUUAUAUGAUACUUGCACUUUUGUUUAGAUACCUCUUGUAAUAACAUCCACGUUUUAAUCAAAGGUUCAAUACAUUUUAAACAUUCAAAAACUAUCAUUAAAACAUUUUUACAUCUUACAA